AUGGCCACUCUACAUGAGGCACUCCAAUGCCUCAAGCCAACAUCGUGGGACGAUGUCCCCCAAGAACCCGACGAACUUCGAAACUACGCGCGCGACAUUUUCAAGAGAAGCCGCCUGGUAGCAGAAUCACUCCCAGACCCCCCGUUCUCCGAUAGCCAAAGUUAUCCCGGGCUAGACUUAGACGCAGAUGACACCUUAUACCCGGGAUUCGCACCAUCGGCAGCACGAGUCGCAGAAACCGACCCAGAAAUUACAGCUCUACAAAAGGAAUGGGGGAAACCACUGAAAAUGGGCGGGCCAAAGGACAACCCAUUAGAUGUGACUGUGUGGAAGUUAUCCGCCAACGACGGCGGAGGCUCAUGGUUCGGGCGAAGGAGUGUACAUGAGGGGCUUCCGUUUGACCGGUGGCGGAACAAGAUCUCAGCAGAGUACGACGAGACACUGAAGGUCAACCAGAAGAAGAUUGCGAAAGGACAGACACCCGAUAAGAGCAUUCGCGGAAUCGGGGCGGAAGAGAAGGUUGAGAUGAUCGAGAUCAAGGAUGACGAUGGGUCUGUGCUGGGCAAUUUGAUGGUCUAUCAUGUCUCUGCGCAGUUCCCCAAGCCUACUGCUCCGCGCGACUUUGUGGCCAUGAUCAUCAGUUCCGAUGCCGGGUUGCAGAUCGGGGGGACUAAACAACCGGGUCGCAGCUGGAUGAUGGUUUCUAAGCCUUGUGAACACCCUAAUGUGCCUCAUAAGCAGGGCUAUACUCGCGGCCAGUAUGAGUCUGUGGAGCUCAUUCGCGAGAUUCCCAGAAAGAAAGACGAUACUGGGAGCAGCUCUUCUAGCCAGAAGAGUAAGAAGAACAGUGAUUCUUCGUCUUCCGGUGCGCAGUGUUCUGAUGAGAAAGACGGAGCGCUUGCAGAUGACGAACACAAUGAAAUGAACCCGGUGGAAUGGAUCAUGGUCACCAGGAGCGAUCCAGGUGGCAGCAUUCCACGCUGGAUGGUGGACAAGGGAACACCGAGGAGUGUGGGAGCAGACGCUGCCAAAUUCAUCAAUUGGGCUGUUGAAGACGACAAGCAACUCAAACAAGACAAAAGCCCAGCUACGGAAUCGACGAAAGAUUUAGCUGGCACUAACGCUAAACCCGAGGAGCCUAUCAAUGAACAGAACUCCGACCAGGCAGACGAGUCAGACUCAGAUUAUGAGUCCCUCGAAAGCGACGGCGAGCACUCACACCACGGCCUGAUUGCGAGUGUCACCGGUUUACUCAGCUCCGGCCUGGAACGAUACGGACCACAUGUCCUAGGCUAUGGAUCCAACCCAGAGACAUCGCGCAGUCUUGAUAAAACCCAAGACGCUGAAAUUAACGCAGAAGCCACAGAUCACUUGAGCCCAGAAAGUGCUCGACACAACAGACAACCCUCCGAGGCCGACUCCUCAAAGUCCCGCGAGCCGGAUAUUAUCUCAUUGACAUCUGGGCGCUCAGACGCGGCAGCGCCAGCCGUCGACGAACUGGCACACAACAACAUGCCCCCCGAAGAACUGAUUCAAAUGACAAAGAACGGCAAACUCACAUCCUACGAAAAAGAACUCGCAAAGCUAGCUCUCCGCAAACGCGAAGUCGAAACCAAGCUCGACGAGUUCCGCGCCGAACUUGAUAAACUUAAUAUCUCGCGACCACCUACCGCCCCUGGAACCCCGCUGAGAGGCAUCAACGAGGCAGACAGCGACACCAGCGGUCUGCGCAAACGCGCAGCAACGAAUCGCUCUUCCACGCCCGCCAGCACGGCCACACAGAACAACCAAGCGCAAGAGAGCAGCAAUGAAGCCUCGUCGCAGACGCCCACCCCCGAUCCACCAGCCAAUGUGCACAAGGUGGCGUCGCAGCUUUUGAGCGGGGAAGCGAAGCUCAUUAAGCAGCUGCGCAAGAUCGAGGCCAGUCAACUGAAGGUUGCUUCGAAGAUUGAAACGAAGCAGCGGAAGCAUGUGGAGCGCGAAAAAAAGACGAAGUCCAAGUCCAAGUCUGAGGUCGAGAAAUUGAAGGAGGAGAUCACAAAUCUCAAGGAAGAGGUUAAGCGGCUGCGUGGUGAUCGCCAGAAAUGGGUUGAUCUUGUGGGCUCGUUGCAGGAAGAGAACUCUAAGUUGUUGGCUAAGGAACAGAGUUGA